CACAAGCGAUACACCUAUGUGUGUUGUACAUGAAAAAGAUGGACAACGAGGACAAAGAUGCUGCAUUUCAAGAUGUAAAACGCGUUCAUCUUUCGUAUACACUUCUUGCUGGAUUUCCCGCUGGAUCAGCGGCAAAGAUUCUUGGUGCACUCUGGCUGGACGGAAUAUGGGACAGUUGGGGCUAUUCAGAUUUUGGUUUUACUAUUCUCUUCACACCUCAUACAACCCUUAUUCUGAUUGCUGCACCAAUUGUGUUUUUCACAUUUUGCUGCGCAUGUUGCAAGUGCAGUGAAUCAGAACCGUGUAAAGACAGAAAGUUUUUGCUGAUUUGCUGUUUGCUAUAUGUCAUCUUUAGCUUAUUGUGGCUUGUUGGAGCGGGUUUGAUGAUAUCAAGUUCCCCAUACGACAACGGUAUUGUCCACCAGAUAAGUGCUGCCAUCUAUACAAUCAUACUGCAGGCUAUAAACAUGGACCUUCCAUUGGCCGUUGGCUUUGCUUUUGUUUUUGGUGCCUUUUUCCUUUAUGCGAUCAUACUGUUCCUGUAUGUCGCCAACAAUGGUAGACUAUUCAAAGUUGUUCCCGAAUUCUCAGAUGCCUGGUGUUUUGGUUGGUCGGCAGUGAUACUGGUUUACUUCCUUGACAACCCUGGUUACAUCAGUUCGUUGUAUAUUAAGGUGUAUGCCAUGUUACCGUUGCUGUUCUCCUGCCUUAUAGGUCUAAUAUAUGAUGUCUACAGAAUAUUUCGUAUGGCCAGAAAACGACAAAAGAUGUUGGCGGAAUACGCAGAAAAUUUAUGGACAGUUGACGUCACCGACCAGAUUUGGGACGAGAUCAGUCAUAUGAUGAGAGAGUCUUGGGCUAAAGAAAAAAUGCUUAUCCGCGGAAGAGACAAUAGCGAUCUACAUCACACUGAUUUUGAGAUAACGAAGAUACUGCGUGUCGAGAACCCCCGAGUGAAGAGCCAAUAUUUUUGCAAAUUACAAGACAUAUCCAGGAAAUGUGCACGAAAUCCCAUGGACAGAGUGCCAUGGAUGCACGCCUAUACGUACCAGCUUUCCGAAAUCUUAAAUGAGCGUCUUCGAAGUGAACUGAAUGAAUACUAUUUUUUCCACGGGACGAGCACAGAUGCUGCUAAAGGAAUAUGUGCCAAAGGGCUGGAUAUUAGUGUUGCAAGCGAUACUGCUGCUUUUGGAAAGGGCAUUUACCUUGCAGAAAAUUCCUCGAAGUCGGACCAAUAUGGAAGAAUAAAUAAAUACCGCCGCGGAAGAAAAGGACUAAAAAUGUUCCUUGUUCGAGCCUGCCUCGGUCGACCAUAUCUCACACGUGAAAUAAAACAAUUCCCUUGGCCUCCGUGUACUGUUAAAGGCUGCAUGCGAGUCUCAUGCAACCACACCAGACAAUUUGACUCUGUGAUAGCAGAAAUUCCCAAAAAAUUGUACAGGGAGUUUGUUAUUUUCGACAAAAAAAUGUGCUAUCCUGAAUACAUCAUCACAUACAACAGAAAAAAGUAGUGUAUCCAAACGACUUAAACGACUUAAUUCAAUAUUCGGUGAAAAGUCUGUUUUAUUUCUAUUCCGAGGUUCCUGACUUUGCUGCUGACUGAGAAUGCGUCAAGGUACACAAAGAGAGGUAUAGUUUCAUUCGAAAGAAGUACGGGGAAAAGUGGUUUAGUUUAGACUAUUGAAAAUGGGCGUUACUAAAGGAACGAAGACGAUAUUAACUCUAAUGGUAGGAUUAACAUUAAUUUUAAUUUAUGUGGUUUAACAAUAUAUAUACAUGUAUAAUGAAAUUUGGUAAUCCAAAAUAUGCAGUUUCAAGACAGACUGGGGACAUUUGCACUUUUAUAUUUGAUGACAAAAAUAUCGAAAAAGGAAAAUGUAUACAUGAUAUUUAAUGUGAGGGCAUAUAAUGGAGAGCAGUAUAUUUGUAAAACUUUCUCUCUUUUCCUGUAAUGAAACACCCGGAUGUAUUCAAAGGUGCAGGUCCAUGUAUUUUACGCGACAUACUUAAUAAUAUGAUUGUGGUGAUGAUGAAGGAUUGACCAAUUUUGUAAGCAUUAUCAAACCAAUUGCGUAAAGUGUAACUGUUUGUUGAGGUCCAUUGAAGACGUGUGGAAAACGCAUUCACUUACAUACUGUGUUAUUAUAAUCAGUCAACAAUAUAAUCAUUCACUUUGUUUCGGCCUUGCAUGAAUAUUUAUCAUUCUCUGUGUGGGUAUGCCUGAGACAAAUGUAUAUCUAAAAUCUGAUAGGUAGAAACCCUCACCUAUUUACUAUUGCAUAUCAAUUAGAAUGUCAAUUAGUUGCUGCCACUGUGGCAUGCAUAUAGAUACCCUGUAGAUAAUGUGUAUACAAACCGAGUUCUUGUACAUAAUAAGGGGACUUAAGAUUUGGAACUGAAGAUGUGAGGGUGUUGUUAUAUUUCCUGUCCUAUGCAUCAGUGACAAGUGGAAUUUCAGAAGAACCUGGACAGGGAGUAUCAUGGAACCCUACAUGUUUGUGAUGAAUUGUGUACAUAUGUUGUGGUAUUGGGAACUCUCAUUAUAAGGCAUGGA